AUAGUGCACGGAAGAAAAAAAAAAUACUAAUAAUUAAAAAGAGAGUCCAUUACUAUUUGUAUAAGAACAGAUAAAAAAAUCCAAGUGUUCUUUUAAUUUUUUGCCAAACACAGUCCAUAUUUUAACUGUCAACGACUUUAACUUACGGCUAUUACAUUACACAUAUAAAAGGUCAAAGUCAAAGCCAAGUUAACGAGCUGAGUCCCGUACGACAGCUCCUCCAUUUCUUACUUUUUAGUGUCUUGAAAAUCUCCCGACGGUUAAAAUUCACUACAAUUUGUUAGUAAAAUCUUGGAAAAAUCUUGUGAACAUAUAUUCCAUGGAUUUAUCGAUUUCCUCUCCUUUCUCCAAAUCUUCCCCUCCUAUUCCAACAUUCCUCUUCAAACCACGAUCUCCAGUUCUCCACUCCUUGAAUUUCAAGUCUCGAAACUCCUACCCCAAAACCCCCUUGAUUUCCUGCCUAAACCUUCGAAUCAGAGCUCAGGUUUUGGAUCAGACGGCGGAUGACGGCUUUGUCCUCGAUGACGUCCCUCACUUGACUAAUUUCCUCCCUGAUUUGCAUUCGUACCCAAAUCCUUUGCAAAAUAGCCAAGCAUAUGCUAUUGUCAAGCAAACUUUUGUUGGUCCCGAAGAUGUGGUUGCUCAGAAGAUUGUUGUUCAGAAGGAUAGUUCCCGAGGAGUACAUUUCCGGCGUGCAGGGCCACGAGAAAAGGUCUAUUUCAAAUCAGAGGAAGUGCGUGCUUGCAUAGUAACUUGUGGUGGUUUGUGCCCAGGGAUCAAUACAGUCAUUCGGGAGAUAGUAUGUGGCUUGAACUAUAUGUAUGGUGUCGAUGAUAUACUUGGCAUUCAGGGAGGAUAUAGAGGCUUUUACUCUAAAAAUACCUUGAAAUUAACACCUAAAGUUGUGAAUGAUAUACACAAACGUGGUGGUACCUUUCUUCUCACUUCACGAGGGGGUCAUGAUACCCAAAAGAUUGUUGAUAACAUCCAGGACAGGGGAAUCAAUCAGGUUUACAUUAUUGGAGGAGAUGGAACCCAGCGGGGAGCAGCUCGGAUUUAUGAGGAAGUUGAGAAACGUGGUCUUCAAGUAGCAGUUGCUGGCAUACCCAAGACAAUUGAUAAUGAUAUUGCAGUGAUCGAUAAAUCUUUUGGUUUUGAUACUGCUGUUGAAGAAGCUCAGAGGGCCGUUAAUGCUGCACAUGUGGAGGUAGAAAGUGUGGAAAAUGGCAUUGGAAUUGUCAAACUCAUGGGAAGAUACAGCGGUUUCAUUGGUAUGUUUGCAACACUGGCAAGUCGAGAUGUGGAUUGCUGCUUGAUUCCAGAAUCUCCAUUCUACCUGGAAGGCAAAGGUGGACUCUUUGAGUUUAUUGAAGAGCGGCUAAAAGAGAAUGGACAUAUAGUUAUUGUUGUUGCUGAAGGGGCUGGGCAGGAAUAUGUUGCUCAGAGUAUGCAUGGAAUUGAUGAGAAAGAUGCAUCUGGAAACAGGCUUCUCCUUGAUGUUGGUCUCUGGUUAACUCAAAAUAUCAAGGAUCAUUUUACAAAGGAGCGGAAGAUGGCAAUAAAUAUGAAAUACAUCGAUCCAACAUACAUGAUAAGAGCUAUUCCAAGUAAUGCAUCAGACAACAUUUACUGCACUCUUCUUGCUCAAAGUGCCGUGCAUGGGGCCAUGGCUGGGUAUACGGGGUUCACAGUUGGACCUGUGAACAGCAGACACGCCUAUAUUCCAAUUUCUCAUGUUACUGAAACUCAAAACACAGUGAAGUUGACAGAUAGGAUGUGGGCUAGACUUCUUGCUUCGACGAAUCAACCCAGUUUCCUGAACUGUGCGGAAUCAAUAGGGGGAAAGGAUGUAUAUUUGGAAGUUCGAGGAGGAUUAUUUUCUGUUUUAGAUACCGAAGGGAAAUAGCCCCAGCUAGAUGUGUCAAUUGAGUGGGUUAGUCGGGUCACUUUGGCUAAUUUUAAGUUAUUUUUUAUUAAAUUUUUGGAUCUUUCGAGUCUGAAUCCGUUCUAAAUUUGGAUUUAAAUUGUUUCAAGUUUGGGUUGAACACGAUAGAUUCAAAUUGUUAAAUUGAGUUGUAACUGUUUGAGUGGUCCUUUAAAAAAAAAAAAAUUCGGUUCACCUUUGGCAUCUCUGGUCCCUACCCAUCUACACUACAGCAAAUUGCCAACCUUUAAAUUUGAAAAUUGAGAUCAAUUAUUAAAUGUUCAUGAGAUCAUGUGAACAAGGGUUGGAUGACGAUCAUUAUAAUAAUAUCUCUUAUAUCUUUGCUACAAAGUUUUCCUCCGCAAGUUGCUUUGGGGCAUUUGUCUUUCUCUAUCAUUUACAACCUGUGAAUGCACCAUCGAAUUGGAAAUGGAAACGUACGGAACAAGGAGACAAAACUCUGGCAACUAGAUUCAUUAGGAGGCCCCCUUUGCUGCAGCUUGUUGGCUGAGUUCUAUCCUUUUCUGAUUGAGAAUUGGUUGAUGCAAAACGUACCCCUAAGCUGCGGCUGUCAAUAGUUUUUUAUAUACAACGAACUGAGAUGGAGAAGAUGCGGGCCAUGGUCUGAUCUCGACAUCAAGGUGGUUUUCAAUUUCAACCGAAUGCUUGGCUUGACUUGGUUUUGUCUUCACCCUGAUUUGUCAAAGGCAGUUUUGGGGUUUGAGGUAAGUUUUUUUUCUUUUUGUGAGAAUGUUGAGCUUUUGUCAGUAACAUCCUUCGAGCAAAUAAAUGUACAUGGAAAUCCAUUUGUGAAACUGGACAUGUUCAUGCAGAUAAUUUGAUUAGAUAGAACGUUGAAACUUUGGUUUGAAGUCAAAAACCAUUUAUGAGCCUGAUUUCAGUCUUUUGAGUAAGCAAAAUAUAGCCCAUAUCUAGACUUCAUUCGUUAUUCAUUUCCUCAGUUGAAUAUGAUUUAA